AGUUGCCUCUUCUGCGACACAACUGUUCAAGCUAUGGCUCGUACAAAGCAGACGGCUCGCAAGUCCACCGGCGGCAAGGCGCCGCGCAAACAGCUCGCCACCAAGGCGGCCCGCAAGAGCGCGCCGGCCACCGGCGGCGUGAAGAAGCCGCACCGCUACCGGCCCGGCACGGUAGCUCUGCGUGAGAUCCGCCGUUACCAGAAGUCCACGGAGCUGCUGAUCCGCAAGCUGCCAUUCCAGCGGCUGGUGCGCGAGAUCGCGCAAGACUUCAAGACUGACUUGCGCUUCCAGAGCUCGGCCGUGAUGGCGCUGCAGGAGGCGUGCGAGGCCUAUCUGGUGGGGCUCUUCGAGGACACCAAUCUGUCAACUGUGGUUGCAGAUAUGUCUGGACGUGGCAAGGGCGGUAAGGGUCUCGGAAAGGGGGGUGCUAAGCGCCACCGCAAGGUUCUUCGCGACAACAUCCAGGGCAUUACCAAGCCCGCUAUUCGUCGUCUGGCUCGUCGUGGUGGCGUGAAGCGGAUCUCCGGUCUCAUCUACGAGGAGACUCGUGGGGUGCUAAAGGUGUUCCUGGAAAAUGUGAUUCGGGACGCGGUCACAUACACCGAGCAUGCCAAGCGCAAAACCGUCACCGCCAUGGAUGUGGUCUAUGCGCUGAAGCGUCAGGGACGUACCCUUUACGGCUUCGGCGGUUAAAGCUGCGUUUAACUGUCAUACCUUAAAGGCCCUUCUUAGGGCCACCCACUA